AUGACCUGCUACCAACCAACAUCCGAAUUAUUUGACUUGACGAGGCCGAUGAUGAUUCUCCCAGACGAUAUUGACCCGUCAAACCUGCUCACAUCCACAUACGCGCCACCAUCCUCGACUUCCCCCGCCGACUGGAUAGGCAAAGACUGCUCUUCCUUUGAUUUCUUGCCCUGGGAACUCUCUGGCGAUUAUAAUAAUGACCCGAUAUUUGACAUGUCAGAAGAAAUUGCCGAUGGUCUAGAAUUUCCAAAAACGUACCCUGCCAGCGACAACUCUUCCCCGAUGGGCUACAAAGGUUACACAGUCAAGACCGAGGAUGCGCUAUCCUAUGCAUCGCCUGUAUCGGAUGGGGAAAGCGAUACUUGGUCUCCGAUGCAUAACAACGGCAGCAAUUCUCCUGCUGCCGUUGCUGCUGCUCCUAUCGUUGACGUGAAAAAUAAUAUGCCAUCCCCUCUCUCAAACCACAGGCACACAAGAAUGCCAUCAGCCACAACCAUCGCCGACUCUAAAGCGAGCUCUGCGAUUCCAGUCGCUGCCGCCAUUGUUUCUUCCGAAAAUAUUAUCAACGAAUCAUCACCUCGGUCCCGAAAAUCCUCCAAUUCCUCUUCCUCCUCUUCACUAUCCCCAUCACACUCAACCUCCCGACCAGGUCGCUCAUCAACAGCGUCAGGCACAGACCCAACGGCGGCAAUGAAACGCAAAAAGGCAGCCCACAACGCCAUCGAGAAACGGUACCGCACAAACAUGAAUGCCAAAUUUCUUGCUCUUGGCAACGCGAUUCCUCGCCCGGGACCAUUCGCCACUCAACUAGCAUCAAAUAAAGGGUCAAGAAAGCACUCACUCUGUCAAAGCCGAGACCCAGGCGCUGUUGGAGAAGGUGCACAGCAACAACAACAAAACAAAUCCGAGAUCCUCACAAAUGCACUGUCAUAUAUCCAUGAACUGCAAGAAGAGAACUCGCGGUUAAAAGGCGAACUGAUGGUUCUCAAGGAGAACUUAUUACCCAGAGGAGGAAAUGUGAUGUGGCGACGAUAA